AUGGGACUUUUGAAACGACGUUUCAGUAGUGUUUACACAACCGUGACGAUGACACGCAUAGUUGAAUCCCAACGUGGACAGCCACUUUUCGUUUUAGAACAUUUUAAAUAUUCUAAAGUAACUCGUCCGUUAGCUUCAGGCGAAAUAAAAUGGCGAUGUAUAAACCGCAAAUGUACAGCUUUUUUAAAAAACGUUCACCUGCAUGAACCUAUCGAGGACCAAAUACUACAACGACAAAGUGUUACCACCGUGGCCAAACGCAAAGCAACUGAGGAUACCUGCACUAGGCCAAAUAAAAUUGUUUGUAGUGCAGUUAAUAAUGUACCUGUCACGGAAGAACUACAAGUAAGUGAUAUUCGGUAUGUUAAGAGGAAUAUGUACAAUGCCAGAAGAACGUUAAUUCCUGCACUACCAAAAUCGAUCAACGAAGUACACAAGGUAUUAGAAGGUAUGGAAAUAGUGACGAAUAGAAAUACGAAUUUUUUAUUAAUUAAUGAUAUACACGAAAAAAUAAUCAUUUUUAGCUGUGAUAAAAAUUUGAAAACACUCUGCACAUCAAAAUAUAUAUAUGUUGACGGAACUUUUUCAUACUGUGCCAAGUUUUUUAAACAGAUGUUUACAAUACAUGGGCAUUACAUACCGCUUAUUUUUUGUUUAUUAGCCGGAAAAACUACAGAUACAUAUAUUUCAUGUUUAAAACUUGUUCGUGAAAAAUGUAGGGUUAUUAAUUGUGAUUUUAAACCAAUAGCCAUUAUCAGUGAUUUUGAAAAAGCCAUUCAUAACACUUGUAAUUUUAUUUGCCCAAACAUUAAAAUAUAUGGAUGCCGAUUCCACAUAACACAAGCUUGGUAUAGGAAUAUACAACAAAAUGGAUUAAGUGUAGACUACAAUACAAAAGAUUCGGAAAUAAGCAAAUGGUUGAUUCAUUGUUAUGGAUUAGUGUUCUUAGAGCCAGAAAAUGUUUCAGAAUUUUUUACUUUAACCCUAAUGGAAUUGAAACCUGAUGAUAAUCGAGUAACUAAAUUCGCAGAUUAUUUAGUCGAUACAUACAUAGGAGAAGAUUCUAUGUUUCCGCCUGAAAUGUGGGUCAGUGCAUCAGUUGAAACGUAUUUAACAACAAAUGCAUGUGAAUCAUUUCAUGCGCAUUUUAAUUCAAGUUUUAAUUCCACUCAUCUCAAUAUAUAUUCCGUCAUUUCAAAAUGA